AAAUUUUCAAAGGAUUGACUCUACAUAAUGUACAAUGUAUAAAUGUUAUUUAAAUGGGAAAUAUUCAUUGUUAUUUCUGUAAUAUGAUUGGUCGUUUCCGUGGAAAGCAUAAUAUCCUUGUGUAUUUAUAUUGGCCAAUCAGAUGAAAUGAUAUACUGAACAUUUUUUUAAAAUGGAUAAAUUUAAGCUUACAUUUUAAGUAUUCAUUUCACUUUAUGCAGUUAUACUUUUGUGUUUCAAUUCAGUAAAUACAUAAAACAUUCGUAAAUGAACAGUAAAACAAAUGUAUCUUAAUUGGACUUUUAUUUAGCUGUCAUAUCUCAUUGAUAAGUCAUACAUGUUAUUAGAAUAUAUAGAUUUUUAUUAUUGGAGAUUCAUACAAAAUAAGGGAAUAACUUGUAAUGACAACGUUAACAGAAACAACCUAUGCAUUUAUUAGUAAUAAUCUACAGGAUACAUCCAAAAGUUCAACAGUGAGAAAAUAUGAAUUAAUUCAAAAUGAAGCAAACAAAACUACAUGCCAUUUUAUUAAACAAUCAUUAAGUAAAGGACCAUCUUUAAGAAAAUUAAAUUCAACAAGAGGUUAUUUUUCACGUACACGUAAUUCACGAAAUGACUGUAAAAAUGACGGUAUACAGUUAAAACACAUUAGGUCGUAUACACCGGAUAAUAAUAUGAAUACAUUUGAAAAAUAUUCACUUUCUCAAGAUUCAUCGAUUCCACCAACAGCAUCGCAAUCAUCAAUAUCAUCACUAUCAUCUUCAUCUUCUACUCGACAAUUAUCACCAGUCACAACUCCAAAAGCUCCUUUAUUAGGUACAAAUUAUAAACGAAGUUUAAAUAAAAAUAAAAUAUUUAGAGAUCAUUUUGAAUCAGAUAAUAUGCUAACUCAAAGUACUCAUAACUACUGUGACAAAUAUGGUCUGAAAGAACAAUCAAAGUCCCGAGAACAUACAUAUCAUUGUGGUAAUACAGCUAAUAAACUUCAUAGUCCACCACUGUCUGGUUUAAAAAUGAAAGCAAAACGCGUUUGGAAUGUAUUUGAGCGUAAAAUAAGUAAUAACAAUAAUAAAGGAAUAAGUCAAAGUAAAUCUGUUGGAAAUCUUCAAUAUACAUCGACAUUGUCACCUGCUUCUGAGAAUUCGACAAUUAAUCAAAAUGAAUCAGAUGUCAGAAGCCCACACAUUAUGCCAUCGAAACAUCACAUACAAACAGACCACAGUUCUCGUUUACGCCUUAGAUCAGAGAAAAGAAGUAUUCUAUGUUUUCCGCAUUCAAAAUCUUUUGAAAUAUCAAGACAUCUUGAUUCUAGCAAGAAAUUAAGCAGAUCUCCAGAUAAUGAACAUGUUUGUACAAAUAUGAAAUUACACACAGAUAACAACCAUGAUGAAAUGUAUGCAGACCUAAUUUAUUCAAUGGGCAUAAUUCCUCAACAACCUAUUUCACAUUGUAUUAAUUCUAGUUCUCAUUCUGAAGAUUACCCUUAUCGUAUUUAUGAUAAUGUUACAGAAAAAUUAACGAUAAAACAGAAAAAUAACAAUAAACAAUGUCAAGAAACCUGUCAUCAAAAUUAUUUAACGUCAAACUUAAAAGAUCAAUCAUCAUACACAUCAAAUCAUAAAUAUGCGGAAAACUGUAUUUUCAUUUUACCUGCUGGAUUACCAUUUCAAGAAAUACGAGAGAUUAGUGUUACGCGCUCUGAGGCAGGACAACGUUUUGGAAUGCGAAUUGAGAAAUUCGGAAAGGGUACAUAUUUAACUACUGUUUUACCGGGUUCAUUAGCAUCACAAGCUGGUUUAAAAGUUGGUGAUGAAAUCCUGCAUUUAAAUGGCAUUUCAUUACAAUCAAUUUCUAUUAAUAGUAUCAACCAGUUGGUUCGUUCAACACGACAGUUGAAAAUUGCAUAUCGUCCAAGGACAAUGUUAGCAAAAAUUAGAUUUAUUUUAGUCAAAAAAAUAAAUGGACGUGUUGGUAUACGAUUGAAAAGAAUUGCUGAGGGACUUUAUGUGGAUGUUGUACUUCCAAAUUCUGCCGCUUAUGAAGCUGGAAUUAAAGAAGGAGAUGAAUUAAUCUGUGUAAAUAAUCAAAUAGUUACAAGUUGGACACAAGAAGCAGCUUCAAAACUAUUACGUGAAUUACCGGAUGAGGAUUUCGUAAUGUUACAUUUUCGAGAAUUUUUUCAUCCUCAUGGUUUUAACAAUAUUGCUCAAUUAAAUAAACAACUGAAAACUGUAUCAAUAAAAGAAAGCCUGUCUAUGCCUCAUUGUUCUACAUUGAAAUUAAACUCAUCUCCUAUUGAACUUAACUAUGAUCAGAAACAUGAUAUUGAUGAGUCAUUUUCUUUCAUAAAUUCAUUGAAUAAAACUUCUGAUAACACUGUAAACAAAGAGUAUGUACCAUUAAAUUUCCAAGAUACUCUGAAUCAAAAUGUCCAUACAGAUAACAGUAAUAGCACUAUUCCUACUUCCAAUGUUCGCACACUGAAUCAUGAUAAAGUUUUAUGUGAUUAUCCAGUCAAUGAUACGCGGUUCGAUGUAAUUCCACUACAAUCACAUACACGCAUAUUAAAUAGUUUCAGUGAUUACACACUUGACUGUCCAAAAUGCUUCAUAAAUGAACCACAAAUCCAGUGAAUGUGUACAAAUAUGCUUUUUUUAAUUAAAAUAAAGAAAUAAUGUGUCCAAUAAAAUUCUUAAAAAUUGCUUUUGUAAUAUUGACAAAUUCACGGGGAAAAGUUUAGCACACAGGUUUUGUGACUUUAUGAGAGAAACAAUUUUGUAUUGUUUCAUUUCAAGAAGUUAAAUUCUACUUAUCUGUGUAUCAACUUUACAUAGAGAUGCCUAUAAUUUACAUUCUGUGAUAUCAUAAUAAUGACCAUAGAUACCAUCUGUGAUUGAAUUUCAAACAUGCUUUCAAUCAUAUUUGACUAUUAUUUAUUCUUUUCGCACUGCCAAAAGCCUUUAUGUAGGACAAAACAGUUUGACAUAUCUAGUUGGUGCUUCGGUUAUCAACACUCUCACGACCUAUCUAAUCUAAGACUGCAUUAUCCAAACUGAUUAAUCUUUGAGUAAUAAUCAAUGUUAACUUUGAUCAAUCCUUAAUCCUGGUUGCCAUUCCUUAAGUGUAAAAAAACCUCUUUUAACGAGUUACAAUUAAUAUAGAAUCUACAUUCAAGAUCUCUUGCUAGUUACAUUUAAUCAGAUAAGAUUGGACUCAGAAGAAAAACUCAUAAGGAACUUGAAUAACAAAUAAAGGUUAGCUAUUAACGGGAACAUAAACUAAUAGUUUAUAAUUAAAUAUUUGUUUCUAUCUUAUAAUAUUUUCGAACAACUGUGUGAGCUGUUGUGAACUGAGCAGUAGUGAACAUCUAUAUUUUUCGAAUUUAAAGUCAAUUAGCUAUGUACAACUCAAUAUUCUACUCAAAUUUUAAGAAUAAACUCAAACUGAAAAUUAUAUCAGACUCCGGUGAUUCUAUAUAUAUUCUAUAUAUAUGCUGAUAAAUGACUUAUCAGAACUGGAAUAAAUUCCCCCCUGAUUCAGGCCGGUAAUAAGAACAUGAUAUGUUUAUCCAUUUUUAAACGAAUUAUGAGACUUAAAUCAUUAUCAACGGACAUUGUAAGCCUAGAACAUCAUUGUUCAAUUAUUAGUUCAAUAUUAAUGUAUUCUAAAAUGUCAAUUCAUAAAAACAUAAAUCGGAAAAAGGGAAACUAAAUUAUCAGUGACUUCUAGAUCACCCUGAUUAGCUUUUUUAAAAUGUCAUCACGAAAUAACUCAAUGUAUUUAGUGUAUCGAUUUUGUUUUUCAAAUUUCGCCAUUUUUCAAGGUUGUUCAAACAUCAAAUUCUCAUUAUCUUUUUUUCAAUGAUCAAAACUAAUACUUAAAUCAAUUUGUAAUUAAUUUAAAAUUAUUCCACUUGAAGAAAAUAUAUAGAUCAUCUAUCCUUUCAUUGAAGUAUUUUUUCGGUGAAUUAAUGAAAUGAGCCAAGUGUAGUUCUCAAAAAUUUCCAGUUAGUGUUUUUUCAAUUGUUUUAUUGUUUAAUUUUUAAUAUCGGUUACUAUGUCAAGCCCACUCAGCUUAUUCUACCUUCCGGACAGGCCGAUUUAUUCAUUCUUAUUGAGUCAUACUUUGACUUAGUUAAUUAUUCGCUUAUCAACCUUGACUGUUUUUAUGUGAGUGUAUGUGUGCACAUUUCCUAUCUUACUCAUUAUAUGUCUGUAACUAAUGUUUAUCUGGCGAUAAAUAUCGAUUCACGUUUGACUAAAUCGAAUUGGCUUACAUGCCUUCUCCACCGCGCUCUAGUUUUGCUUCG